UACCGCCUUCAGAAUAAUUGCUCAAGUCAGUAGCCGGGCGGUGGUAAACUGUAAAUGAAAUAGAGAGCUCGCCUUUAUUCUCAGGUAAACUUUAUGUAAAUGUUUCAUUUGUUACCAGAGUUAUUUUAUGAAGAACUGUACUUAAAAUGUACUUAAAAUUCGUAAUUAAAAUUCGUGAAACCAUUUUUCAUUUUCUUCGUUUGUGUCUGAUUGUUUUGCGACAAUGUUUUAAACUUUUGUUUGUUUUGGAAAUAGAAAAAUGCCAUCGCUCUCCCUGCUUGGGAUUUAGUAGUUCAUUUUUUAAAUUCUUGGUUGUAGUUUGAAUACUUACGGUUCCAGCGUUAAAUCAAGUUUUACUUUUCAGGAGUGAGACCCAAAAGAAUCAGGGAAAAAAACGUGCCGUGUGAUAAAGACCGAAAAUAUUGAAACAGGGGGGCAGACUUUAAUCUCAGUUACUUUUAACCAGAAAAAUAUUGUAUUAUUGUUUUUUUAUAAAAGAAAAUAUUUUUUAUCAUCCAUUUAUCGUAGUUUUUAUUUACAGUUUAUUUAUUAUUUAUUUAUCUACAUAAGGUAUCCAUGAGGUAGUGUUUUUUUAAACAAAGUUAUGAGUAAAAUGGAUACAACUAUGUGAAAACUAAAAUCGUAUUGGAAAAAUAGAAAACUGUAAACAAUACUGUAAGAUUUCUUAAUCUUACACAGUAUAGAUUAGACCAUAUUCAACAUUUUAUUACCUAAUACAUAUUCUUUUUCUUGUAAUUAAAACAUAUUUUUAAAAGUUUGAGCGUUGGAUUAACUUUACUUUGAAAUCCAUAAACGGAAGUUUGUGGUUCGUGUUGCUACGGUUACCUCCAUAUGGGUUUAUUACUUUAUUACUUUGUUUGUUAAAUCGGUUGCAGUGUCCCCCUUUAUCAUCUAAGCGUCGCCGUUUUUCUUUCUCCCGGGCUCCAUGGGACCCGGAAGUGAACGAGCUGCCGGAGGUCAGUCUCUCGGGGUCACCGAGCUCCACAAUGGCGUGGAGGAACUACAGCGUUGUGCUCAGACUUACCGGAGAUCAUGUCACACGGAGCUGCGUGAAGGGCGGCAGGUUAGUCAGUGCCGCUCUAGAGAGAGGGAGAGACUGUCCCGGCUGACAGGCUGACAGACCUCCGCUUGUUCUCUGUGUUAUAUUUACAAGUUUAUCCGUUAGCAGUAGGCUAACUGAGAUGACUGCUGUUUCUCUUGAUUAAGUCCAGUUUGAAUCAUUUCACAUUGUAGGACCCUAAAAUUUAAGAUUUCUAUUAAAGCACUGAUGUAAAUGAUCAUCUGUAAUUUUCUAUUCUCCUCGGUUUUAUGGAUCAUCAGGGUGUCUGUGUAUUUUCUCUGUGGGUGAAGUUCUCCCUCCCUCCAGCAGGUGGCCUCACAGCUUCCAGCAGAGAUGCGGCUUCAGAAAAGCUGCCAGGAAACCUGAAAUCAAGAAGGUGGAGGAGGAGCUGGUACCCCCCCACACAGAGUCCUCUGAGUCAACAGUCAACCGCCGGACCUCCACUCCCUCCUUGGACCAUCAGCCUCCCCCCUCUCCCCCCAGAGCCUUCAGCCGGCUCCUUAAACCACUGGUCUUCACUGUGGGGGUAGGUUUUAGCUCACCUGUACAGUGCUAGAGGUGACAUCAUCAUUGAUGUCACAGACAGGUGCUAACUCCAUGUCAGUUUACAGGCUGCUCCUUUGGCACGGCGGCCAUCUGGCAGUACGAGUCCCUCAAAUCCCGAGUGCAGAGCUACUUUGAUGAGAUCCGAGCUGAUUGGCUGGAGAAGCUGCGACCUCAGAAACGAGGAGACGUCCGCAAAGAGGUGAGGGGGAGGAGUCGCACACAUUACAGUCCCCAGGUGUGAACAGUAUGAUAUUACUGCUACGUUUGAGUUACCUCAGAAGUCAGAGGUCCCAGCUGGAAAUGAGGUCACACCCGAGUUCCCAGCGUUUCAGUUACCAAGUCGGAAAAAAACAAAUCGAAGGCGGAAACAAGAUGGCUACAUCUACGAAUUCUUGGCUGUGUCCGAAAUGAAUCACUCAAUCCCUAACCCCCAUAUGGGGUGUUACUAUAUAGUUAACGAUGUAGUGAACUCAAUUACUGAAGGUUUCGGACACUACAUGGCAAGGCGCAAUGCAUGACGGGAUGCCCGCCACCGUUGAGUGACCAUUGGAUGGUCACUACUAGGGCUGCACGAUAUAUCGUUUGAGCAUCGUCAUCGCGAUGUACGUGUGUGUGCAAUAGUCACGUCGCAGAGCCUGCAAUGUCGGAGGUGAAUGAACAUUUGCUGGGCAGCGAUCCACCAAUCACCUUCGUUCUGUACUCAGUUGCCAAUCAGACUACCCUGUCAGCUGUCAAUCAAAAUCAGAGAGGAGGAAACCACACCCCUGCACAUGUCCUGCACAUGGAGUGAGUCGCUGGCGCUACUGGAGUUGAGCCGAGAAACGCGUGUCCGCUGAGAAUUACUUUCGGAACAUUCUUCAUCACUGUUUAGCCCAACAAAUAAGAACUGUAUGGGUUUUAAAUUGUACAUGCGUUUCUCAGCACAACCCCGGUAAACAACAACAACGAUCGCAAACUGAGCAACAAACAGAGAAAACCACCGAAGAUGAAGACUUGUUGCCAAAAAGAAAAGGAAAGUCAGUUAUCUGGAAUUAUUUCGGUUACAAGAUGGACGAUGUUGACCAAAACACGUGUUCUGUGUUCAUCUGUUGCCACAAUAACGCCCCAGCACAAUAAAAGCUAAAAAUAUCAUUGAGACAGACAGAAGCCAUUCUACUAACAUUCACAAAAAGAGGUAAGAUCAGUGCAGGUUAACUGUCCUCAAGAUUUCAGCGAUGCAGCAUAACAUUAAGUGCUAUUCAGGUCAUCUGGUGAAAAUUCCUGUAUUUUUUAAUAUGGCAGUAUAUAUCGCAGGGUUGAAAAAAAUCGCAAUGUUAGUUUUCCAAUAUCGUGCAGCCUUAGUCACUACAUUUUGCAAUGCUUUAUGGAAAAUUUUGAGUCACCUAUAUUGGGCACUGGAAUUGAUCACUGAGGUUUCGGACACCCCUCAAAAUGGCGCUAACCCCCAUGUAGUCACCUAUAUAGGGGUUAGGGAUCCAUUUUCGGACACAGCUUGUUUCAGCCCUCUGAUUUUGUUUUUUUCCAACUUGGUAACUGAAACGCUGGGAACUCGGGUGUGACGUCAUUUUCAGCCCCGACAUCUGAUUUCCGAGGUAACUCAAACGCAGCAUAAAACUCACAGUUGGAGCCCUGAUUGGCUGUUUGUGUUUCAGAUCAACCAAUGGUGGAGCAGCCUGAGUGAGGGUCAGAAAACAGUGGCAGGUAUGAUUACACACUUACAGGUCCUGUUGACACAUUUAAGCCUCAGUGAAGACCCCUCACCACCUGAGCUGUCUCAGAGUGAUAUAAAGAUAAAUGUAACCUUAAUGAUCUAAAAGCUGAGAUCAGGUUACAUGUUUGUCUUUUUGCCCAGGGAUCAUUGCUGUUAAUGCCGUGGUGUUCUGCUGUUGGAGAAUACCAUCUCUGCAGCGUUCCAUGAUCAAAUACUUCACAGCAAACCCCGCCUCCAGUGAGUCUGUCCAAUCACAAACUGUCCUCAGGGCUCAGGUGUCUGACAGAUCAGACACACCUGUACAUUUUCUGUACAUUGUUUCUGUUGGUUUUAAUCCUUAUCUGGACCUAAAGCCCUCUGUGUGUCAUCCUGCAGAGACACUGUGCGCCCCGAUGCUCCUCUCCACCUUCAGUCAUUACUCUUUCUUCCACAUGGCCGCCAACAUGUACGUCCUGUGGAGCUUCUCCAGCAGCGCCAUCUCCAUGCUGGGCCGGGAGCAGUUCAUGGCGGUCUACCUGUCUGCAGGUGCUGAAUAGCGACACACCUGACUGUUGGGUACCCUUAGUCGGUUUUAGAGUGAUCUACUUUAAUCACUUUGCUGCUCAUCAAACAGGAUCCUGUAUGAAAACACUGUCAGGUUGUUUCACCUGUGUGUGUUGUGUUGUGUUGUAUUCAGGUGUCAUCUCCUCGUUUGUCAGCUACGUGUCCAAGAUGGCCACAGGGAGGUUCGGUCCAUCUCUGGGAGCUGUAAGUAACACACACUUCUUUUUUUUGGAUAUUGGUAGAAACAGAAAAGCACCAGAGAAAGAAAAAGUUCAGGAACUUUUUUGAAGCAACUUUUGAAAAUAAAAAUGUUUCUUUGCUUGUUCUCAGUCUGGAGCCAUCAUGGCCAUCCUUGCUGCUGUUUGCACCAAAAUGCCUGAAGCCAAACUGGCUAUCAUCUUUCUCCCCAUGUUCACCUUCACUGCCGGAAACGUAAGACUGGCUCCACCUGACUCUCCUGUCUCAUCUGUCUACCUGAGUCCUUACUCUGAUCCUCUCUCCUUCCUCUCUACAGGCUCUGAAGGCCAUCAUUGCCAUGGAUACAGCAGGGGUGGUGCUAGGGUGGAAGUUUUUCGACCACGCUGCUCAUUUAGGAGGAUCCAUAUUUGGAAUGUGAGUCAGUGUUCGACCAAUCACAUCAGCGCAUUUGCUUUGACAGCCCAAUCACCUUCGUGAUUCUACUGUCAUUUCAAAUCUGAUCCCCAUCCACAGUGAGUGGAGCAGUCAGAGUUUAAAUUACCAGUCAAGAGUCAGCAAGUGAAAAGACGCUGACUGUUGAUUAACUGAGGACUACACUUUAUUUAUCCUAUUUCAUACAUUUCCCAUCAUGCUCUCUGCCCCCUCUCUCUGCAGCUGGUACAUCCUGUUCGGUCAUGAGUUGAUCUGGAAGAACCGGGAACCUUUUGUGAAGAUCUGGCACGACCUGAGAACUCGAGGGGGUCCAGGUGGGGGAGGUGACAGAGGAGGCGCCGUGUAGGACACUGAGACGCUGGGGCUGAUGGGAAAAAAACCUGUAAAGAUGUAUAAAAUGUACAGAAGUGCAAAGAACUAAAAAAAAAAAAAGGCUGCACUGCUUGUCUUCCUCUGGACCAGAGGAGGAGUAUCAGGAAUUAUCACUUGAGUUCAUAUUUAUAAAAAUAAUUAUGAGUCAGAGGGGUUUUUUUGUCUGCUGCUUGUCUUCCUCUUUUCCUGUUGAGAGACUUUGUCACGAUAAAGCUUCAGUUUUAAUCAUGUUUUACUUCACUGUCAAGACAAUAAAAAGUCCAAACUGUUCAGAGGAAGUUCUAAUUUUAGAUGUUCUGCAGCACAGGAGAAAAACUUGUUUCAUUGUGAAAGAGGCUUUUUAAACUCUGCAUCAGUUAGUUUGUGUGUGAUUUGAUCCUGAAAAAUGAUGAACAUAAAGCUCAUAGUCCAUGUGACAUACAGUGGGAGUUGACUUAGAUAGUUUGUCAGGGCUGAUACAGAGAAGAUUAUGAAAAGAGCUGAUAGUUAUGAUGAGACUUUUUUCCCACCUGUAUCUUGCUUCAAACCAGCAAAUGUUUUUUUUUUCUUUAAAACUUGUAAUUAAUAACUUUAUAUUAAAAUAAAGAUAAAUUAUAACCUUGUUUGGUGAA